AUGGAUCUCGCACAAGACACACUGCCAGAACUACAGCCGAUCUUUACAUUUCUCAAUAGCCACUCCAACAAGCUGUAUCAAGAGGGUUACUUUCUGAAGUUGCAUGAUCUAGACUCUCGUGGACGUCCAAGUGCAGAUCGAGCAUGGACAGAGUGUUUCGCACAGCUGGUCGGUACAGUGCUUUCCUUAUGGGAUGCUGCGGCACUGGAUGCUGCAGGUGAGGAUGGCGAGGUCCUACCCACAUUCAUCAACGUUAGCGACGCUUCAAUCAAGAUGAUCGAGUCGCUUCCAAUGAACGGAUCUGCAGGAGGUCAACUCCAGAACGUUCUGAGCAUCUCUACCGCAGCCAAUAACCGCUAUCUCCUCCACUUCAAUUCCCUCAACUCCCUCACACAAUGGACCGCCGGCUUCCGCCUUGCCAUGUACGAACAUACAACACUACAAGAAGCCUACACCGGCUCUCUCAUUGCUGGAAAGGGAAAGAUGCUCAACAACAUCCGCACCAUCAUGGAGAGAAGCAAGUUCGUGAUAGACGACUGGGCACGUGUCCGAUUUGGAGCAGGCACUCCCUGGAGACGCUGCUGGUGUGUCAUUACACCUCCGAACGAGAAAGAAUGGGCAAAGUACCAGAAGGCUUUGAAGAAGCGUGACACAUACGACCGCAAGGUCGAGGUCCCCAAAGGCGAUAUCAAGUUCUACGAGACAAAACGCGUCACAAAGAAGACACGACCUAUUGCUACCAUCAAAGACGCAUUUGCUGCGUACGCCAUCUACCCUCAGUCAAAGCCACUCAUCGACCAGUCGACACUUAUCAAGCUGAACGGGCAGAUUACCAUUCACGGUGCAAAGGACGUAACCACAGAAGGUUUCCUCUUCGUCAUGCCCGAAGUGCAUCCCGCAGUCAGUGGCUUCGAAAUGAUGCUUCGUUGGUUGUUCCCUGUCUGGGACAUCUUUGCUCUCUAUGGCCGUCCUAAUCGUCUGAUCGCGGAUUCUCUCGACCAGCGCGGGUUGAUGUUUGCCAUGCCUCGCGACAGAAGAUACGGCUACCUGGAUAUUCUGGAUGUCUCCGGCCUGAUCCACACAAAGGGCAGUCAAACAUGGACUGAACAAGACUGGAGAAGAGAAUUGAAGAAAUUGACAUCGCACCGUAUGAAUUCGGCCGACGACACGCCUCCACAAGCAAGGGGAAGACGUAACACGCUUUCACUCAAUCAUGGGACGGUCCGCUUUGGGAACGACAGCUCCACAGAUACUUCGCCAUCACCA